GAGCCCUACUACGAAAUGGACCCAGCCAGCCAGCGGGACUUCACCUGCACAGAAGCUGGGAUCUGGAGAAAUAACAGGACAGGACAAGUCCUCCCGCACUGCUCUCCAGUGUGCGGUAGACCGAGCAACCCCGUCACGUUCCGGGAGCGGGUGCUACGGGGCUCGGAGGCGAAGAGGGGCAACUUCCCGUGGCUGGUGCGCUUCGGCGGGGUGCAGGGCGCGGGGGCGCUGCUCUCAGAGCGUUGGGUGCUGACGGCCGCCCAUGUCGUGCAUAACCUGCGAGAGCGCAGUCUAUUCGCCGGCUUCACUGACCUGCGGCGGCUGGACCUGGCCCAACGCCUCUUGGCCGACCGUAUCUUCAUACACCCGGGCUACCAGCAGCCCCUGCACGACGGCGUCCACAACUACGACAAUGACAUCGCCUUGGUGCGGCUCCGCACGCCGGUGACCCUGGGGCCGGACAUCUCCCCCGUCUGUCUCCCCGAGAGAGCGCAGUCGGGGCCGAAGCUGAGGGAGAUGGGGCUGGUGGCCGGCUGGGGAGUGACGGAAAACAACACGCUGCCUGCCGAGUUGAUGUACACCCGGCUCCUGGUGCUGGAUCUGGAUAGGUGUCGGCAAACAGUGGCCCAGAACCCGGUCACGGUCACCGACAACAUGAUCUGUGCCGGCGACGACGUAGCGGGGGGCGGGAGCGGUGGUGGCUCGGAUACAUGCCAGGGAGACAGCGGGGGGGCUUUUGUCUUCCCUCUCCCUAAGCCCAGGAACGACCGCUUCUACGUCGGGGGUAUUGUGUCCUGGGGUGUCAAGUGCGGCACGUGUUCUGGUGACUUAAACAGACCCAGUGCGGAGGUCCUGACUCAGCUGAGCAUGAAAGAGCCGCCGCUCUUGCCAGCCUUUUCAGCGUCCAACGUUGCUGGUGAUCCACGUUACUCGGACAUCAUGGAAGUGAGGACCUUCCUGGUGCUGAUCGCGCUCUCUCCCCCUGUGUCAGGGUCAGACGACCCGGGGCUCUUUGGUGAGAUCCGCCUGCCCAACUACCAUCCGGACGAACGGCUGAGCUGGGAGGUGGCGGUGUCCCCAGGCUUCGGCCUCAGACUCCGGUUGCAACACUACGACUCCGAGCGAUCGUCCCCGUGUCGGCACAACUACGUGGAGGUGUACGCAGACAGGGAGCGCCUGGGCAGGUUCUGCGGGAACACGACGUCGAGCCGCUUCCACCAGCCAUCGCCGAGCGCGUCCGGCACUGACCGGCACACCGUCCGGCUCCGAGUGCGCAGCCACUCCGCCAGUCGGGAGAGCCGGCGCGGAUUCUUCAUCUCUUACGAGGCCGUGGAUGUCGAUGAGUGCGGUGUCCGCUGGGAAGGACAGGCACCCUGUCAACACUUCUGUCACAAUUACAUCGGAGGUUACCGCUGUUACUGCCGCCGAGGAUACAGUCUCCACAGUGACGGAAAGACCUGCCAAGUCACACAAUGUGGUGUCCCCGAGGACAUUGAGAAUGGCAGCUAUGAAUACCUGGACGGUGAAGCUGGGACCCGCGCUGGCUCCGUCGUCAGCUACAGAUGCCGCCAAACUUAUUAUACAAUGGUGGGCGGUGCCGAUGGGAAAUACUCCUGCCGAGACAAUGGGAAGUGGAUGAAUAGUGUGGUGGGUGAGACCCUCCCAAGUUGUAAACCAGUCUGCGGAAAACCACAACGUCCGCCCCUGUUGAUACAGCGGAUCUUCGGCGGAGCUCCUGCCCGGGACGGGAACUUCCCCUGGCAGGUGUACUUCGAGAACCGGGUGUGCGGCGGGGCGCUUCUCUCCGAUGCCUGGGUACUAAGCAGCGCCUCCUGUGUGCAAGGCGAGCUCAGGCCGCGGAUGUUCGCCGGGGCAACGGACCGGAGCUCUGCGGCCGGCUGGACAGCAUUGGAAGGGGUGGAGGUCCACGUCCACCCGGGCUACGCUAAAUCGCCUGUCGGCCACAACAUCGCACUGGUGAGGCUGCGGGAGAAGGUGAGGAUGGGCCCGACCAUGUCUCCUAUCUGCCUGCCCCGGGACGAGGUGGAGGUGGGAACAGUGGGCCUGGUCUCCGGCUUCGGGGAGACGGAGCACUUCUCUCAGAGCGAGGUGCUAAUGUUCGCCCCGGUGCCGGUGGUGGAGCGGAAUAACUGCCAGGAAGCCUCGGCGCCCCUCCCACUCACCCCAACCGUGAUUUGCGCCGGGACCGGGGGAGGAGCAGAUGCGUGCACGGGUGACGGAGGGGGAGCCCUCGUCUUCAAGGACCCCUUGCACUACGACAUCUACUUCACCGCCGGCGUCGUGUCCUGGGGUCAGAAGUGCGGGGAGUACGGUGUCUACACCAGCGUCAGGAAUCACCUGGAGUGGAUCGAGAGUAUUAUGGGACCCUAGUAUUCCUAGGAGACUCUACCUCUCCAGCAUUGUUUUCCAGCCCUGCAAUAUCCAGCCUCGCCUCUCUUUUACACUAUGUAUGUGAAGAAACUUAACGUAUUUUCCCUACUGUUACUGUCUAGCUUACUUUAGUAUUCCAGUUUGCCUUCAUAAUGUCUUUUGAGUUGCCUUAUGUAUUCGAAAACUUCCCAAUCCUUUAACUUCCCACCAAAUUUUGCUCUAUUAUAUGCCCUCUCUUUAGCUUUUACGUUGGCUUUGACUUUUCUUGUUAGCCACGGCUGUGUCAUCUUUCCUUUAGAAUAUUUCUUCCCCUUUGGAACGUACAUACCUCGUGCCUUCCGAAAUGCGUCUAUAAAUUCCAGCCAUUGUCGCUCCCUCCUUUUCCAAUCAAUUCUGGCCAACUACUCUCUCAUGCCUCUGUAAUUCCCUUUGCUCCAUUGUAAUACUGAUAUAUCUGACUUUAGUUUCUCCCUCUCACAUUUCAGGGUGAAUGCAAUCAUAUUAUGAUCACCAGGGUUCUUUUACCUUGAUCUCUAAUCGAUUGAAUUGACUUUAUUACAUACACCUUUCACAUACACAAGGAGUAAGAAUCUUUACGUUACGUCUGUGUCUACAUGUGCAAUUUGUAAUAAAUAGUAUGUACAACCAGACAGUCAAUAUAACUUAGAAAUACAAUUGGAUCAGUGUGAAUUAAUUGGUCUGAUGGCCUGGUGGAAGAAGCUGUCCCGGAGCCUGUUGGUC